CAGCUGUUUACUUUCUGUACAUAUUUAUAAAUCAAAAGAAGUAGAAGUACCUAUUUUUUCCAAGUUCUAAAAUGUAACGUGAUUCCUUAGAUAUAAUGGCAAUGAGUUCUAAUCACUAAAUCAUUAGCCUAAAACGUGUUAACCAAUUUAUGAGUGAUCAAUACUUAUUGAUACUUCACCACGAUGUUCAAGAAAAUAGCUGUAGGUAUUUCAGGUGGUGUUGAUAGUGCUGUUGCUGCGUUGUUAUUAAAAAAAGCAAAUUACCAAGUACAAGGAGUAUUUAUGAGAAACUGGGAUAGUAACUAUGAAGCUGGAUUUUGUACAGAUGAAAAAGAUUUUGAAGAUGCAACUGUUGUUUGCCGUAAGCUUGAUAUUCCAUUACAUAGAGUUCACUUCAUAAAGGAAUAUUGGAAUGAGGUCUUUUCUGUGGUACUGAGGGAGUAUGAAAAAGGGCUGACACCCAACCCUGACAUUCUGUGCAAUAGAUACAUAAAAUUUGAUAGCUUUUUUGAACAUUGCAGGAACAAUUUAGCAGUUGAUGCUAUAGCAACUGGUCACUAUGCAAACACAUCUUUUGGCCCAUUUUUAGAGAAUUAUAAUGAUAAUGAAGAUGUAAGGCUUCUACAACCUGCGGACAAACACAAAGAUCAAACCUUUUUUUUGUCUCAGGUACAACAAUUUUCCCUCAGAAAAUGUAUGUUCCCUAUUGCUAAUUUAUUGAAAAGUGAAGUGAGAACAAUUGCUCGAAAAGAAGGUCUUUUGCAAGUUGCCAGUAAAAGAGACAGUACUGGAAUUUGUUUUAUCGGAAAAAGAAGAUUUCAAGAUUUUAUUGGUGAUUUUAUUCAAACUAGGGAAGGAUUUUUCAUUGAUAUAGAUUCAGGACAUAAAGUUGGAGAGCACAGUGGUAUUCACAAAUGGACAGUGGGCCAAAGAUGCUGUCUGAGUAAUUUUACACAAGCAUAUUUUAUUUUUAAGAAAGACUUGAGUACUAACAAUAUUUAUGUGGUUCCAGGAACUAAACAUCCAGCAUUAUGGAAUGAUCUUUGCAUAACUGAAACACCCCAUUGGAUUUGUAAAGAACCUUCUGACUUAACUAACAAUGGUGUAUUGAAUUGUUCAUUUAGAUUUCAACAUACAAAGCCAUUGGUACCUUGUAGAGUUUUAAAGAAUUACGAGGGUUUAACAAUACUACUUGAAACAAAUCUAAGGGCACUUACAGAAGGUCAAUUUGGUGUACUUUACAAUGAUAGUGAAUGUCUUGGUAGUGCAAAAAUAAAGCAUGUGUGUCACAAUUUAGUGUAUUAAAUAAGUUAUAUUUAUUUAUAA